ACUCGAUCAUCUCAAAUCUACUCGAUACCUCGACAUCUACUACUCUUGUUCUAAAAUUAUCCACGGAUAUUUAUCUUCAUUUAGUCCGUACGAAAAUCUCGUACCAAAGCGAGAAACAUUCAUUGAGUCCACCAGCCCUGCCUGCCUCCUGGCCUCCACUGAAUUCAUCCAUAACAAGGAUUCCAAUAUUACCGGCAGACAAACCUGUGGGCACCACAACAAGGGUCGCAAAUACCACCCCACUCAGUAUACAGGUAGGGUCUUUUCCUUAUCGUACCCGCUCCGAACAGUGAACAUCUUCGUGUAUAUAUCUUGUCUUCAGUCUCUUGCCAUCAAUCGGUCUUGACUUCAUUUUUGCAUAUAAUCAGUCAUACUGUGUUUUGGAAAACAGAAAACUAAUUCAAGAUGAUGCGCCAACAGUCUUUACACGCCAAUAUGUCUGGGAGUCAAGUAGCUGGAGCUCCUGGAUCGCAUCCCCCUGGUAUGCCCGUGAGGACUCUUUCGACCAGUAGUGCUCUCACAGAUCGCACUGACGAGGGAGAGGCGGUGCCGAUGGAGAAUCCAAGUAGUGUGCGUACUUCUUUCGUUCUGGAGUUUGGGGAAGGCAUGAGACUCCUGAGGCUAAUUACAUCUUUGCGCCGCAGACUUCAGAAUUAUUAGCAGAGAGAUUGAGAGCUUGGAAACAUGCCGUUGGAUAUCUCGAGGAAUAUAUUGGAGCUACGGAGAAAAUGCAAAAGCAACAAUCGAAGGAAUAUGAGAAGAUUUUGAAAACUAUCGCGAACCCCUUAAAGGAGGGGCAUCAUUUCCAGCAGGAAGUGGGAGGUAAGAUGUGUCUUCAAGGAUUACCAAUUGCGGUUCUGGAUCAAAAUAAUAACCAGUUAUUUAGGAAUGGCUGGGGUGUUCGAAAAUAUGAGAACUAAUACUCAGGUAUGAUGUGCUGUGUUUUAUUGCUACGCAAACGCUGAUUUGAUAGGGGUUAAUAAACUCUCACCUCGAAACGGAGAAGAAUUUGAAAGGCACGGUGGUUCCAAUUCUCGAUCGAUUACACAAAGAAAUCAAGCACAAGUCUAAGGAGUUAUUAUCCGGAGCUGUAAAGGGCGCGAAAGAAGUUGAAAAGGCCAGGAAUAUCACACAGAAACACAUCGAGCUUCUAGGAUCACAAACUGCGAACUAUCAGUCCAGCGCUGCUUCCAUGAAGUCAGCUGAAGACCCAUAUAUCGUCCACCGAGGUAUUAUACACCGACUUCACAAGCAGGUUUUGGAGGAGAACACCAAUCGUCAUGAUCUCAUUCAAGUUCAAAAUAACUUUGCACAAUUUGAGUCCCACAUUAUCGAGAUCAUUCAGCAGGCUAUGAUGAGUUUCACUCAAAUAGUCACGAGCCAAUCUCAAAGGGAACAAACACUAUGGGGAGAUAUGCUCAACAGCUGUCAAGUUGUCCCUCCAAAUCUCGAAUGGGAAGGUUUCGUCCGUCGCAAUCAAGCUCUUCUUGUCGAUCCUAACGCCGCCGAUCGUUCGGUGGAAGCUAUUAGCUUUCCCAACCAAAACCAUGCCAGCACUCAGCCUCUCAUUGAAGGCUCCCUUGAGCGCAAGAGCAGAAACAAGUUAAGCUUCGCUGGCUACACGACGGGCUAUUACGUGGUAACUCCCAGCAAAUUCCUCCACGAAUUCAAGGACAACGAUAACAUACGUAAGGACCCCGUCCCAGAGCUAUCCAUCUACUUGCCAGAUGCCAUUAUCGGCAGCACCAAUGGCGAAAAAUUCAACAUCAAAGGAAAGGAUGUCUCCAAGGGAAUAGGAAGUAAACUGUCUGGUACAUCCGAAAUUGCAUUUAAAGCGCAUUCAGCCGCCGAUGCAAAUAAGUGGUAUGAAGUUAUCCGAUCGGUCGCGGGAUCGGGUCCAGCAGAUGCCUCUAGCAGUGGGCCAACUAGUCCCUUGAGUCCAACUGGCUCGAGACAAAGCUCAGCAGCUUAUCCAGUGGAAAAACAACUAGCUUCAAUGCAAACCUCUGGAACUAUUACUGGGGGUGAGACGGUCGCUAGUCCUGUGGCGCAGACGAAUGUAACUGAUUUUGCUCCGGGGAAAGUAACAGAGAAGACUGGUUGAAACGGCAGAGAUGAGCGAGGACUUAGGCUUAUUGUCUCGGAGAAAGCAGAGACGAGUGGAAUCUGGUGAGUUGUGCACAGCAAAACAGGUUUUGGCCGUGCUUCAGCGUAAAAUCAAGUUGUCAAAUGUGGCUAUUAAAAGCGUUUGAAUUACAUUCAAACUUUGGUUCGAAAGUGUAUUUGCAGCGGGUAUUCAAAACAGAUAGGGUGUUGAGCUGGGGUAAUGUUUAGUGUUGUAUAUGAUAUCAAAGUUUGUUUCUUAUUUCGACUAUAUUGGUUAGUUCCUAGUGAAUGAUAAUUAUUACCAGGUAAUCAAUCUAGUUUGAUGGUUGGGGGGUUGA